AUUUCGGGUUUUCCUUUUUUUCUGACGUUCCGAACGUGAAGGAAGGAUACACGACGACUCGAUCGUUUUCGGCUCGUUUAGUACUACAACCUGUGCAUUGAUUACGUUUCACAUGAUAGAAAUUACUAAAUAUACAGAAACUGAACAUUAUAUUGUAGGAAUUGUGACUUAAUAUAAAUUUGGAGUUAAAAUGGGAAAAGCUAAAAAGGGUAAGAAGAAUCCCAGUGCGGAUGAUGGCGAUAGCGAUGUGGAAACAACAAAUAUUGACAACGUGAAGCCGGCACAGAAGGGUAAAAAAAUUACAAUAGAGUCUGAUGAGAGUGAAAAUGAGAAGCCUAAAGCGAAAGCUAAACACAAAAAAUCUGUGGAUGAGGAUGUCAAAGAAGUCACAAAGAAUAUUAAGAAUGUAUCAAUUUCAAAUAAGUCUCAAAAGAAAAAAGAUGUCAGCAGUGGAGAUGAGUCUGAUGAGGAACCAGAGCAAAAGCCAAAGAAAAAUAAAAAGAAAGAUGAAAAGAAAAGUGCUUUUGCUCUUUUAGAAAUAGAAGAUGCAGAUGUUUCACCUCCUGAAGCUCCACCUUCCUCAGAUGAUGAAAAUAUUGUUAAAAAACCACAAAAAAAAUCUACUGAAAAAAAGGAACCUGCUGGUAAGAAAGGUAAAAAAUCAAAAAGAAAGAAGGAUGACAGUGAUGAGGACAUAGAAAAGGUAUUGGCGGAACUGGAAAUGGAAUAUGCUGGUGUUAAAAAGGAAUCUAGUGUGAUUCCUGAAACUGAUAAACCAGUAGAGCCAGUUGAAGAAAAGUCAAAAUCUAAAAAGAAAGGUAAAAAAGAGGAACUCAAAGUUGAGCCUGAAAAAAAUAUUGAAGAAAAUGAGGCUAGUGAUAAUGAACAUGACAUAACUAUUAAAACAGCAGCUCAAAAAAAGAAGGAAAAAAAGGAGAGAGAGAAAUUAAAAAAACAAGAAGCUAAAAAGAAAGAGAAGGAACAGGAAAAUAAACAAGAAUCUAAUGAGUCAAAACAGUCUACUAAAGCAACUGUACAAACAGAGGACAAACCUGUAAUUAAUAAGGCAGAUAGCAGUCAAAGUAAAGUAGGUUCUGAAGAGAAAGAUGGAGAAGGCGAUACUCCAGCACCAACAGAAGGAAGUAAAAAGAAGAAAAAGGGUGAAAAGGUGGAAAAAGAAGAGAAAACUAAAAAAGGAGGGCCUACCAAAAAAACUAUUGCUGCUAUGCAGGAAGCUCUCAAAAAAGUUAAAGAAGAGGAAGAGCGAUUGCAAAAAGAAGAAGAAGAAAGGAUAAAACAGGAGGAAGAACGCGAACGUCAAAGAUUAGAAGCAAUUAGGUUAGAAAAAGAAAAAAAAGAGAGGAAGAAGCAAAAAGAAAAGGAGAGAAAAGAAAGACUUAAAGCAGAAGGCAAGUUGCUCACGCCAAAACAAAAAGCUGAAAAGGCUAGAGCACAAGCACUAUUGGAAUCUUUGAAAGCACAGGGUGUUGAAAUUGGUUCAACAGAGAAGAAACCUCCAAGGCCUGGUACAAGAAUAAAGCCACAAAGACUAAAAAGUCAAAUGUCACAAGAUGCUCCAGCAACUCCUAUUGAGGAUAAGAAAGUACAAGUUGAAAUAGUAGACAAGAAGGAUGAAUCCCCAAAAUUGGAAAAAAAGAAAAAAGAAUCUGAUGAUGAAUCUGUAAAAGAUGCGUGGGAUGCUGAAUCUUCAGAAGAGGAACCUGAACCACCAAAAUCUGAACCUGUACCAUCUCCAACAAAGGAAGAAAAUAAAACAGCUGAGCAAGAAAAAUCUAAGGAAAAUGAAGAGGAUGAUGAUAGUUCUGAAGAGGGAGAUGAUGAGAGCUCUGAUGAGGAUUCUAGUUCUGAAGAAGAUUCUGAUGAUGAUCAAAUGACUGAUGUACAGAAAAAAAGAGAACUUGUUCUGAAGAGGUUGGAGAAACGUCGCGAAGAGAAUGAAGCAAACAAAGCUAGCAAUCCUCUCCGUGCGGCCGUGGUAUGCGUCCUGGGACACGUGGACACCGGCAAGACAAAGAUUUUGGACAAAUUGCGUCGCACCAACGUGCAGGACGGUGAGGCAGGUGGUAUCACGCAGCAAAUCGGUGCCACCAAUGUACCAAUUGAGAACAUCAGGGAACAGACAAAACACGUUAAAGGGGUGAACGAAAUAUUAUUCAAACUACCUGGUCUACUUAUCAUUGAUACUCCUGGUCACGAGUCUUUCAGUAAUUUGCGGAGUAGAGGAUCUUCCCUUUGCGAUAUUGCUAUUCUUGUAGUAGAUAUUAUGCAUGGGCUGGAGCCCCAAACAAUUGAAUCUAUUAACAUGCUGAAACAAAAGAAGACGCCGUUUAUUGUGGCGCUAAAUAAGAUUGACCGUCUGUACGACUGGCAGAGUGCACAAAGGAAGGAUGUUCGGGAUAUAAUUAAAUUGCAGCAAACUAACACGCAACUGGAAUUUGAGAAGCGGAGCAAAGAUGUUAUCCUUCAGUUUGCUGAACAGGGUUUGAACGCGGCGCUGUUCUACGAUAACCCGGACCCACGUACCUAUGUAUCGCUGGUGCCCACAUCAGCAGUGACGGGCGAAGGUAUGGGUAACCUGCUUGCUAUGAUCGUGCAGGCUUGCGAGGGGCCACUGCACAAGCGGCUGGUCUUCUCACAUCAGCUGCUCGCCACUGUGCUCGAGGUGAAAGCCAUCCCAGGUUUGGGUACGACAAUCGAUACGAUCUUGAUCAACGGCACACUCCGCGAGGGAGACACCAUGGUAUUGGCGGGCACCGAAGGACCAAUUGUCACGCAGAUCCGCUCCUUACUUAUGCCGCAACCAAUGAAGGAACUCAGGGUUAAGAACGCAUACAUCGAGCACAAAGAAGUAGUUGGUGCGCAAGGCGUGAAAAUUGCCGCUAAGGAGUUAGAGAAAGCUAUUGCCGGUCUCAAUUUGCUUGUGGCGCAGAAACCUGAUGAAGUAGAUAUAUUGAAGGAAGAGGUGGCGCGCGAGCUGAAAACUGCACUGUCGUCAAUCAAACUAUCAGAGCGCGGCGUGUACGUGCAGGCAUCCACGCUGGGCUCGCUCGAGGCGCUUUUGGAAUUCCUCAGGACUAGUAAAAUUCCUUACUCGGCCAUCAGGAUAGGACCGGUGGUGAAGCGUGACGUAAUGAAAGCGUCCGCCAUGUUGGAACAUGAUUCUCAGUACGCUACUAUUUUAGCUUUCGAUGUUAAGAUCGAGCGCGACGCCCAAGAGAUGGCGGACCAGCUCGGCGUGAAGAUAUUCGCGGCGGACAUCAUCUACCAUCUGUUCGACAAGUUUACCGCUUACCGCGAGGAAUUGAAGCAGAAGAAGAGGGAAGAGUUCAAACAUAUUGCAGUCUUCCCGUGUAAACUGAAGGUGCUGCCUCAAUUCGUGUUCAACUCCCGUGACCCUAUUGUGGCUGGUGUUAUGGUGGAAGCCGGAAUUGUAAAGGAGGGUACGCCUAUCUGUGUACCUAGUAAAGAGUUUGUGGAGCUGGGUAUAGUGACAUCAAUUGAAGUGAACCACAAGCAAGUGGAGUCGGCACGCAAGGGGCAAGAGGUGUGCAUCAAGAUAGAUCCGAUCCCCGGCGAGUCGCCCAAGAUGUUCGGCAGACAUUUCGACGAGACUGAUAUGCUAGUCAGCAAGAUCUCACGCGCGAGUAUCGACGCGUGCAAGGACUACUUCCGUGACGACCUCAUCAAGACGGAUUGGCAGCUGAUGGUGGAACUCAAGAAACUUUUCCAGAUACUCUAAAUAUGCCCAGAGUUCAUUAGCUUUUGAUCGAUCGCAGAGUUGAAUAGUAGAACGGUCGACUCUUAAAAUAAUGACGGUGUUCUUAUUCAAAAUACUUUUUUUUUUUUUCAAUAAAAUAAUGAAAAUCGUGUCUUAUACAAUCGAGUGUUACCAUCAAAAUUUAUUGUUAUAAGUUUUCGUUUAUGUCUAACACAACCUCUCUACUAGUUUGUACUCUGCUUAUACAAUGGUGUAGUUACACUAGCUUUUUUGUCUAUUCCAUCUAACCGCAAACCAAACGGCGUCAUCACAGAGGUUCUCUAUUUUACAGUUUUGUAACCUGUAUACCUAGCAUGAUAUCAUGAGCCAUAUUAUAAAAAGAAUUAGUACCGCCAUGUUUAGUAUCUCGAAAUAUUAGUUAGAAAAUAUAAUGAACGGAUUUCUAUAAUGAGAGUCACAUUGUACAUAUAGUAUUAUACACAUUUUAUUUAUUUAAUGUUGUUGCCAACCUUAGGUAUCUUGAUAUUUGGACCCAACGUUAGUUUUUGUUUGUGACUGAUAUCUCGAAAUUGUGGUUCUGAUGCUUUAUAUAAAGAGUCAUCUGUACAUAUUCAUUAUGAAUUAUUUACAAAAAUGUAAUGCGUGUAAAUAAAUUUAAUAACAUUAACAUCAACGCCAAGUGUUUACGUAAUAUUAUUACUGAUUAUAGUGCAAUAAACGAUCUCGUUUGUAAUUAAAUGUGUCUUUACGUAGGGCAAUAUCUGUUUCUCCACGGUGCUUCUAUUGUAGAUGACGUAUAUCGAAUUUUAUUAUUAAUUCCAGUAGUUCCAAUGAUAUAAAUCCACGAUGAACUGAUUCGAGGUGGAACUCUGAUUGACAUCUAUAGAUACCGCAUGCGAGGCAAUGUAACGCGUACCACAUACUACGAGUAUGUGCAUUUCUAAAUAUUUUUUAUAGUUUUUUUUUUUACAAAGUAGUAAAGUUGAUGAAUAACAAUAACGUUUAUCAUGUAAUAAACGGUUGAACAGAAUCGGUGUGUAUAAUCGACGCACUAUAUACUCUCUUUAUGUCAGUAGCACAAAUAAUAUAUGUACUAUACAUUAAGUAUUCAUCUUUAAAAAAUGUUCCGCGUUAAGACUUUAUUGUGAUGUGUAUAAUUUACAAUCGAAGACCACCCAAACAGUCAUUGGUAUUCGCUGGCCUGUACUAAAGCUUUAACAUGCGGUAUUUUUAGGUGGUAAUCUCUGAAAUGAAAUGGAUGCACUGGUCUGAAUGUUGUGCGUAAGAGUUGUAUGGGAGGUCGUCUAUUGUACAAAAUUGCGGUUUGACAAGGUGAACGUAUGUGGAUAUUCCUAUUCUUUUAAAGCGAAUUCUACAAGUUGGACGCGAAUGAGGAACGCAGGACGAGAAUCCAUUGUGAAGGUACAGAAGGUUGUAUUUUAUAUGUAGGUAUUUUCCCUUUUUGAAAUGCUUUGUAUUAUAUAGAUGGAAUCGGACAUAUUCUUAUAUUGAAGAAAUUUUAUUAAACCACUUAAUAUUUAUA